UCAACACACUCAACAUCAUUUUACGAAAUUUUUAAAACUAAAAUUUUAGUUAACUUGAAUACAUCGUUUUAAGUUUUUAAUAUUUUUUGUCUUUUUUUUUUGUAAGUAUACGUUUCUUUUUUGGAAAAAUGUGCGAUCCUGAGGAGAAGAUUUCCGAUGUUUCCCUAUCGCCGGCAGAAAGCAGUCGGAUUGUUAACAUAAAGGCUGCCGUGGUUGAGGAGCAGCUACCGUUAUUCAUAUACACCUAUGAGGAUGGUGCGCCCAGUCUCAGGAUUGUUUGCACGGAGUGCGAUGAGUGCGAUGACAUGCGAAGACGCACCACAAAAAUGGCCAUGUGUCGCAAGACCAAGCGUAACAAGCGCAUGUCUUGCCCCUCGGCACACAGGAAACGCAGGUGCAGCAAGCCCAAAAAGCGCUGCAGCAGGCCCAGGAGGAAGGCAUGCCCAAAACGCAGGACACGCGCCAAGCCUUGCUAGAUUCUGAUGACGCCAAUGUGCUUUAUUCAUAGAGCAAAACAAAAAAAAUAAAACAAAAUACACAUUUA